AAGAAGCAGGGAAAGCAAAACGCAAAAUAGCUUCUGGUUCUAGGGUUUAUUCGAGCUCUGCGAUUUCAGGCGCAGAGCGUUCAAUUCUUUUCCUUAUCGCUCCGAUCGUUCAUCUCUCAAAUACUCUAGCGGUUUUGCCAAGGUUGAAAGUGGUUUUGCGACGAUGGCUCGGGUUUAUGUGGGGAAUUUGGAUCCUCGAGUGAAUGAAAGGGAUUUGGAAGAUGAAUUUCGGAUGUUCGGUGUUCUUCGAGGUGUAUGGGUUGCUCGAAGACCGCCAGGAUAUGCGUUUAUUGAAUUUGACGAUCGCCGGGAUGCUCUAGAUGCAAUUCAAGCUGUGGAUGGAAAAAAUGGUUGGCGUGUCGAGCUUUCUCACAAUUCUAAGGGUGGUGGAGGCCGUGGUGGUGGUGGAGGACGCGGGCGUGGUGGAGGUGAGGACUUAAAGUGUUAUGAGUGUGGUGAACCUGGUCAUUUUGCUCGAGAAUGUCGCUUGCGUAUUGGUUCACGAGGAUUGGGUAGUGGAAGGCGCCGAAGUCCAUCUCCUCGACGCCGCAGAAGUCCCAGUUAUGAUGGUUAUGGACGCAGGAGUUAUAGUCCGCGUAGGAGAAGAUCUCCUCCACGACGCCGUAGUGUCACACCUACUCGACGUGGACGAAGCUACAGUAGGUCUCCUCCAUAUCGCCCUGCUCGUCGUGCUUCACCUUAUGCCAAUGGGGACUAAGCUGGAAUUGGAGCAAAUGCUGGAUGACCUUGAAAGGAUGAUGUCUCCGCUAUAUUAUAGUUCUAAUAGGAUUGGUUGAACUGACGAGAAUCAUGUUAGUUAUGUCGAUGUUGUGACGAUGGGUUUUGUUAGAAACUUGGAUUUGGAUGGCUUGCUUCUACGAAGUGUUUUUGCCACCAAAAGGGGUGCCUUGGACACCGUUUUGCGUCGGCUUUCUCGCUUCAGCGUACUGAAGAGGUCCCUUUCCUACUUUUAAGUUGCCAUAUUAUAUCUGUUUAUAUAUGAUUUUUAUGUGAAUUUGUCCUUUGUGGUUGGAUUUCAUUGUUUGCAUUAGAGGUUCCUAAAGUUUGCUUGUUUUGAUUUGAGGUGUGAUUUUCGGCUAAAACGGCUUCGUUUCGCCACUUACUGCAUCUUAGUUCUCACGGUUCCCAUCUCUGCGUCCACCAGAGUAUUCUACUUCUUGUUGCUUCUACAUAUUGUUCAGUGAAACUGGAAUAUCUAGAAACUUUGGUACUUUCUACUUUGGUUGCAUGCGGCACUUUUUUUAUUGCAGUCUUCUGCAACAAAGCUUCCUGAAUAAACUUUUUUUCGUUAGCUGGUUCAAGAAGAUGAAGCUGUUUAUUGCCUUCCCCAUCUCUGCACCUCUGCACAACAUGUAUUUGUUGCUUGUUUUACUUGAGAAACCUGGCUGCAUCUGACCAUAUUAGUGUCAUCAUCGUCAACAGUGCUUCUGUCAUAGUAAGACCUUCACUUCUUAGUUCUCUACUAGCUGGUGGAAGAAGGUGGUGAAGCUGUUGUUGCCCUAUUGGUUCUCUUCUCUCGAGUCUGGUUAUCAAUGGUUGAAAGCCAGAGCAUCCAUUGUAUUAGUUUUAGAGCAUACUUAGUAUUGUUGGUUAAUCUACCGACUGAGUUGAGAUGAACUGCAGACCUUUUUCGAUUGUGGAGUCCGUCGCAAACGCAUCAUCGUCAAGACCUAAGACUUACCUCUGAAAUCUUCUUGAUGUAGCACACUUAUUUUUGCACAGUUCUACAAACCACACACCGCGAGCAUAUAUAAGAUUUUACUCAUCACGUAAUUUGUUUAAGUUGCUUGACCGAAGAACUGAAUCCAUCAUUGAGGGCUGUCAGGCAUGACAACCCUGUUUGGCUUGUGGUUGGUCAUGCCUCAAGUGAUCUU